UCUCUGCCCCUCCUCCUUUCUCUCAGUAAAACCUCCACCACCUCCUUAAUUUUCCCAAUUCAUGCACCAAAUAUUUUUAUUAUAGAACUUACCACUCCCAUUUUUCCAGGUUUUAGCAUAUCGCCCUCCAAAUCAGAGUGAUUAGUUUCUUAAUCAAUCGGUUCUUUAUUCACGGAGUGCAAGGGAAUGUUGAAUUACGAUAUUUUAAUCCUUGAUUGGUAGCCGGUCGGCCGGAUUCUGGGCUAUUGGUUCUGGUAUUAGAAGUAUAUUUCCUAUUCCAUGGCUGGUCCAAGUGAAAGGUGGAUUGACCGUCUUCAGUUCUCCUCGUUGUUCUGGCCUCCCCCACGAGACAGUCAACAAAAAAAGGAUCAAAUUGCUGCCUAUGUUGAGUUCUUUGGUCAGUUCACGUCAGAACAAUUCCCUGAUGAUAUUGCUGAGUUAAUCCGGAACCGGUAUCCAUCGAGGGAGACACUCCUCUUUGAUGAUGUUCUGGCAACUUUCGUCCUUCAUCAUCCUGAGCAUGGUCAUGCGGUUGUGCUUCCAAUGAUUUCAUCUGUUAUUGAUGGGACUCUAGUCUAUGAUAAGACUAGUCCUCCAUUUGCUUCUUUCAUUUCCUUAUUCUGCCCACAAAGUGAGAAUGAAUAUUCAGAGCAAUGGGCUCUGGCAUGUGGUGAAAUUUUGAGAAUUUUAACUCAUUAUAAUCGUCCCAUAUUCAAAACGGAAAGACAGUGCAGUGAAACAGAAAGAAGCACUAGUGGCAGCCAUGCAACAACAAGCAAUUCUGUUGAUGGGAAACGUGACCGUAGCUGUUUGACACAACUGGAGAGGAAACCUAUAAGGCCCUUGUCUCCUUGGAUAACUGAUAUAUUGUUGGCUGCACCUCUGGGCAUUAGAAGUGAUUAUUUCCGGUGGUGCAGUGGAGUCAUGGGUAAUAUGCCGCUGGAGACUUAA